AUGGAUAUGCCUUGGGGACCUAUUGUCAAUCACGAGCACCCUUCGUUUGAUCCAACACUGGCGUCACCCGAGCUGUCGGGCAACUAUCCUGCAUACUUCGAUCCGCACUGCGCAGGCUCCCACACUGACAGCUCAGAGCUAUCGAACACUCCUUCUCAUUUCUCCAUUCCGGGUCAAGAACGGUAUGUCUCCGCCGCGUUCGGUAUAGACACCGAUGAUAUUGAGAACUUCUGCGCCUCCCACUGCGAGGAUGGAUGCGCUUUUCCCCAGCCGUGGCAAGUGUGCUUUCAGUCUAUGGAAGGUACAAUCUUACAGGACACAACACAGCCGGACAUCUCUCACACCGCUUCGAGCUUCGAGUCAUGGUCUCCAAUGUGUACCUCGGCCAGCCACUCUUCUGAGGCGAGCCAUUUAGCGUUUUGGGACGAGACAGGAAGACAAGAUUACUCCAUGAUCAUGCCAGGGUUUCCUGUAUAUUCAGACCGUCCACUUGACCCAGAGACCGAUCCAACGUCACCAGAGCCGCAGAAAUUUAGGAAGAAAAGAGCCAAAGGCCCUGUCAUCUGCCCGGUGUGCAAUAAGACCUUGGAGAAACCAUACCUCUUACGGGAACACUUGCGAGAGCAUGGCGAUCAAUAUACUUGCUCGAGUUGUCAACAGACCUUUGCUGAGGCGGGAAAUCUGGCCAUGCACAUGAAAAUGCACGAGGCUGGACCAUACGUGUGCCCAACCUGCACCAAAGAGUUCCUCAAGGCGGCGAACUACCGGAGGCACCUCAAGUGUCACGACGAGAACCGCCAGAAGAAAAAGUGUCCUCAAGAGGGCUGCGACAAGACAUAUGCGUUUGCGGGCUGCUUGAACCGGCACAUCAAGUCGCACUUUGAAGACUACAGGUGUGGCGACUGUCAGAAAACCUUCAAUCGGUCGGAUUUGAGAGAUAGGCACCAAAGCAAGCACUGCCCUAAAGCACGGGUGCGAAGAGCAGCCGAGAAUCCUACAUUCCUGCAACCUCUAUAUUCACAACCAGAGCCGCCGCAGGAGUGCCAUCAGGUGGACGAGCCGUUCUAUAUGCCUGUACACGUCCAGAUGCCCGCACAGAACUUGAUCAUGUACCAGCAACCCAGCACCACCAUCCAGGGCUUGAUGUCGGAACACUUGAACCAAGUCCAGGUCCCGACGCCAGCAGCUUCCCUGCGACAGCCCACUGCGCAAAUGGGACAUCAAGCAUUCAGCCCUGAACAAUGCAUCGGAGAUCAGCCACCGGGUUAUGGACUUUAG